AGAUAAGCAGCCAGCCUUGCUUACAUAAGAGUCGAUUCUGAACUUUGGUACCUCGAAGUUUCCUUCACAUUGUUCACAAGACUACUUAGUAUCACUUUUAUCAUGUCUGUGCACGCUGCACGCAGCCCGCUAUCUUCUGUAUUCCUGCUGCAUAUCGCGUUGGAGGCACCGCUGGCCCUCCAGGCGUUCUGGUCCCCACAGAGCCUUCCCUUUCUACAGAUGAACAACACCACAGUAGUCAUGUUGAAGCUGUACGCCGCGUUGGUCACUGGGUCCUGCAUUACCGCUUUCCUGGCGUAUCCUUUACCAGAAUUUCUGCCCGGAAAACGUGCACUCGCCAUAGGAUUCUGCAUUUACCACAGUGUGGUGUCAACGAUUCUGUUUCAGACUCCAAGGUUCAUUCCUCACACCCUAGGUCCCUUCCUCGAGUCCGUGAAUCUUACACCUGAGGUCGUGUGGGGUACAUUUCACGGUCUCCUGGGAGUUGGGAUGGUGGUGUGGUGGCAAGCAACGCUACAGUAUGCAGCAGCAGUGAGAGGAGCCGCGCAGUAAGCUCUGACGUAGAAGGAACAACCGCAUUCAUUCGUGUAUGGUCUGUUUAAGGCAGACUACUAUUAAGACCAGUGUACUAUCAUUGGUAGCCAGAAGAGCCAAGUGGAUAUAGCUACGUGGGCGCGUUACAGGAGUGUAUCCCGUUUAGCUCAGUUGGUAGAGCGCGUCACUAGUAAUGACGAGCAUUCUCCUUUUUUGUCUCCACUAUUAAUAAGUUGCCG